GUGGGGAGUCGAAUGGUGAUUGUUGCCGGUGCCUGCACCAUGCUCCUGAGCGGCAUCUUCGGGAAGGUCGGGGCGAUGCUUGCCAGCAUACCCACCCCUGUGAUCGGAGGCAUGUUCCUGGUGAUGUUUGGAGUCAUCACGGCCGUGGGGAUUUCCAAUUUGCAGUACACAGAUAUGAACUCCUCCAGAAACAUCUUUAUCUUUGGAUUUUCUGUAUUUGCCGGCCUCACGGUUCCCAACUGGGCAAGCAAAAAUAGUACACUGCUGGAAACAGGCAUCAUCCAGCUGGACCAGGUGAUCCAGGUGCUUCUCACCACUGGCAUGUUCGUGGGUGGACUCCUGGGGUUUAUCCUGGAUAACACCAUUCCAGGAACGCAGGAGGAGCGGGGGCUCCUGGCAUGGAAGAACAGCCACAAGGGAGAGGCGGACAACUCUCUGCUCAUUUCCAAGGUCUAUGAUCUUCCCUUUGGCAUAGGCACCAAACGCUGCGCUGUCUCUUGGUUUCGGUAUCUCCCCGCUUGCCCCAAAAGACUACCAGGCGGCAAGGGAAUGGACAAAUGGAAAGCUGCUGGACAGGGAAGCAGUGUGAAAGCAAGCUCAGAGAGAGACUCUGAGACAGGUGCAGAUACAAGGAUAUGA